UUUUAAUAAAUUAAUUUGGUUUUGAAAAUAAAAUUGGUUAAACCCAGAACGCUGCUACAGAUAAACCCUGCAACAGCUUCUUCUUCUUCCUCUUGAUGUGGGUAGAAGCAAAGUAUCGACCUUUGUCUUCUUCUCCGUCGUGUUUAUGGAGCUUUUACAUUCCUCCUGUUAUUUCGAAACCCUAACCUUGAUUUCUCCUCCUCUACAAUCUUGUAAAUUUGGUUUCAACUCUCUCUUCUUCUCUCCUCCUCGCGUAACCUUGCUCUCGGCUUACCACCACAGUGGCCGAUUCGCUGUUUCUGCCUCGUUUCAGCACGGAGAUACGAAUUUGAGCUCUAAUUCUUCGCAGACAAAUCACGAGGACCAUGCCUCCCUCGCGCAGAAUUCAAUUGCUGAGUUUCUCCGACGAGACAUUGGACUCUCAGAGGCCGAUUCAGAUUUCAUUUCUGAAAAUUGUCCAAAGUACACGAGAAUGAUUGUAGAGGGUGUUAGGGAUUUGGAGGAAUGGAAUUCGUGGAAAGGGAGUGGAGAAUCUGUGGGAAUUGAGGGUUUAGGGUUUAAGGAGAAAGUGAUUUAUAUGGUGAAACAAAAGGGUGAUGGUGGGAAAGUUGCCUUUUUGGAGAGUCUUGGUUUGAGUCUGUCUUCUGCUAUGUAUUUGGCUCAUUACGUCUCCUCUGAAUCGCUUACCAUACUUCUCGAUAAGGUUAAGUACCUCAAGGAAAUAUUCUUUUCUGGCAGUGAUGAGAAAGGUCUUGUUGGAAAGUAUGCACGACGAAUGAUGCUCUACUUAUCCAUUCCUAUUGAUGAAGAUGUUCAGCAAACUCUUUCCUUUUUCGAAAAGAUUGAAGCAAGGCGUGGAGGCUUGGAUAUGCUGGGGUCUGUAGAUGCAUCAUUUAGAUUUUUAAUCGAGUCAUUCCCUCGGCUUCUUCUACUUUCAGAAGAAAAUGAUAUGAAGCCUAUGGUAGAGUUUCUUGAAAGCAUUGGUAUUCCUAAAUAUUGCUUGGGAAAGCUACUUCUUUUGUACCCUCCUAUCUUGCUCGGCAAAACUGAGGAGAUCAAAAGAAGGGUGGCCGCAGCUCUGGAGAAGCUUAGUGUAGUGGACAAGGAUUCGGGAAAAGUGUUGCUGAAGUAUCCUUGGAUUCUCUCACCAAGCAUACAAGAGAACUAUUCUCACAUCGUCUCAUUUUUUUACAGUGAAUCGGUGCUCAAAAUGGAUAUUGACCACGCAAUUGAGAGAUGGCCUUUGCUUCUCGGUUGCUCAGCGAGCAAUAUGGAGAUGAUGGUGAAGGAAUUUGAUAAAUUAGGUGUUAGAGAUAAAAGAAUGGGGAAGGUUAUACCCAAGAUGCCUCAGCUUUUGUUAUGUAAACCCCAAGAUUUUCUGAAGGUUGUUUGCUUUUUGGAAGAUUUGGGAUUUCAAAAGGAAAUUGUGGGUCAAAUACUUUGUCGAUGUCCUGAAAUAUUUGGUUGCAGCAUUGACAAAACUCUGCAGAAAAAGCUCAUCUUUCUCACACGUUAUGGUGUUUCCACUACCCAUUUCCCCCGAAUCAUAAAGAAAUACCCGGAAUUUCUUAUAUACGACGCAGACAAAACAGUACUUCCACGGCUAAAGUACUUAAUGGAGAUUGGGAUAUCGGAGAGAGAGAUUGCCUUCAUGAUUCGCAAAUUCUCACCGAUCUUGGGAUAUAGCAUCGACAAAGUUUUGAGACCGAAGUUUGAAUUUCUGGUGAACAGCAUGGAGAAGCCGGUUAGAGAGGUAAUAGAAUACCCGAGGUAUUUCAGUUACUCGCUGGAGAAAAGAAUAAAACCGCGGUUUUGGGUACUCGAAGGGAGGAACAUAGAAUGUACAUUACAGGAAAUGUUAGGCAAAAACGAUGAAGAGUUUGCUGCUGAUUUCUUGGGUUUAGGAGAGCUUCAAACUCACAGUGAAACCUCUUAGUUUAUAUAUUUAUAGGCCAGAAGUUUCUUUGAGAAAAUCACACUAUGUAAUGAGAUUGGUGAUAUCUCUGAAGACUGAAGCUUCUUCAGUUUUGUCUGUUUGCGUUGUUCAUAGGUAGUGUAUGUACUUACUGUUCUUUUGUAUACAAAUUCCUAACUUUAUUUUACCAAAAAAAAUCAGCUGAUGUGUAUAAGUGUAUGAAUUGUCUUCGAGGGGUUUGAAAAUAUUUCCUACCAUGGUUUUUGACUCAAUAAAACAGAACCGAUUUAUUGAUAAUUAAGAAAACAAAUUUAUGAAAAAUGUGCUGAAUUUUCUCUCUGGAAACGGUUUCUCGCAUUUUUUUUUCUUUCUUUUUCUUUCUUUUUCUGAAACUGUAAGCGAAGAUGUAACUUCAUUCAUAUUCUGAAAAUUCACAGAAAAUUUAUUUAUCUAUUCUUUACGUUUGAUAAACAUGAUUGCUGAGAAAAUGAUUGGAGCGAGUCACUGAUUAACGUUUUAAGCAAAAAUGGGAAACGCUAUAGGCAAAGCAUCGACCGACAUCGGAGGUUUUAUCGGGAAUAUUUUCACAGCACCGUUUAAAGCCACACUUGGAAGAUCCUGUUUGUAAGAUUUUCACUUCAUUGUCUGAAUUCUGUCGUCAAAUCGUUGGUUUGGUUGGUUUUCUAUCGCCUGUUUUGAGGAUUUCUCUUUUCUUUUUUUUUUUAAUUACAGAGAUGUAUGUUCGGGACCAUGGGAUCUUGCGUGUUUCAUAGAACAUUUCUGUCUUCCUGAUAUUGCGAAGCUGGUGCUCAUGUCAAGCCUCUGUUUCAUAAGUAAGUAGACCUUUCUCUUAUUUCCGAUUUUUAGCAAUCACUAUGGUUUCUGUCAACUUUCCUUUGUUUUCUAUAAUUUUGUAUUUGUUUCUUUUUCUGUUCAGUUUUGAUGUUCAUCACCCUCCUGUUCAAGCUUGGAAUUUGCCAGUGCGUUGUUAAAAGCAUCUGCAAAAUGUCAUGUGCCGCUUGUGCAGCGUACUGCUUCGCCAUUGGAGAGAUGGUUAGUUGUUUGUGGCACAGUUUGACUAACAUAAAACGGGUCCGCCAUCGCAGAAAACGUCUCAGUGAUAUAGAAGCUACGAUGUAUGAUUACCCAAGUGAUGGCGAAUCAAGUUCAUCGAACAGUCCCAGUCGAAUAAACAACAUUAGACCAAAGCAGAGAAGAAGAAGAUUAGGAAGCAAACACAACCACCACCAUCAAGGCAGCAAUCGCAACAACCGCCGCCUCAUUAGACUAUCGAGUAGACAAUUGUCUAUACGAGUUGGAGGCAAAUCAAGAAGAGUAAGAAGAAGUGCUAGAAAGACAAAAUCGAGGAGAGUUAAGAUCCUCAAAGUCAAAGAUUUGGUUGAUUAAAAUGUCUCUAGAAUUCCUUAAAGAGUGUCUCUAGUCUCUCUAAACUCAAAAACAGAAUUAUCUCAUUUAUUCAGAUGAAAUGAAACACAAAACCAUUAAUCCUUGUGAAUAAGUUUUUAACCAACCUCUCUCCCUCUC